AUGGCGCCGCGGCAGCUCUCCAACUUUGACAACAUCAUCCUGAACACGGACACGUACAAGCACUCUCACUGGAACUUGUACCCGCCUGGGACCAGACAUGUGUCGAGCUACAUCGAGUCACGCGGCGGCAUAUACCCCGCGCACAUGUUCGUGGGGCUUCAGGCGUUCAUCAAAAAACACCUGCUGCGUCCGGUGACGAUCGACGACAUCGACGAGGCCGAGAUUGUCACCCGUCAGCACCAGAUCCCUUUCAACCGAGCGGGCUGGCUCGGAAUCGUCAACGACCACGACGGAUACCUGCCCAUCGAGAUCGAAGCCGUCCCAGAGGGCACCGUCCUGCCCAUCAAGAACGUGCUUGUGCAGAUCGUCAACACCGACCCCAAGUACCCUUGGGUCACGAGUUUCAUCGAGACGGCGCUCCUGCGAGCGGUCUGGUACCCGACGUCGGUGGGGUCGACCAGCUGGCUCGCGAAACAGCUGAUCCGCGAAGCCCUCGAAAAGACCUCGGAUCAUCCCGAGAUCCUUCGAGACGUGCUGCAAGACUACGGCGCUCGCGGUGUGAGCUCGCAGGAGUCCGCUUCUCUGGGCGGACUGGCUCACCUUGUCAAUUUCCGCCAGACCAACACCAUCUCCGGAUCGCUGGCGGCGACUCUCUACUACAACGCCCUCAAUCCCGCCAUUUCACAGCCCAACUCGGAACACUCCACCGUGACUGCGUGGGGCAAAGACCACGAGGUCGACGCCCAUGCAAACUUGAUCAAGCAGUACAAGGGAUGGCCAUUCGUCGUGGCCGUGUCCGACUCGUACGACUUGGAGGCCGCAGUCAGGGACAUCUUCGGCACCAAACUCAAAGACGAUGUCAUCAAGAGUGGAAGCACCAUCCUGGUCCGACCCGACUCGGGCGACCCAGCCACAGUGAUCGCCGAGACGCUGGAAGGGCUGAUCGCCAAAUUCGGGUCGACCACCAACUCCAAGGGCUACCGCGUGCUUCCGGACUAUAUCCGCGCGGCGCAAGGCGACGGCCUGACCAUCGAAACCCUCAAGCAGAUCUACGCCGAGCUCGACCGCCGCCGCAUCGCCGCCGACAACAUCUAUCUGGGCAUGGGCGGCGGCCUGCUGCAGUACAUCAACCGUGACACCCUCGCCUUUACGCAGAAGGCCAACGCCAUCAACGUCGACGGCGAGUGGAGGGACAUCUACAAGCAACCCAAGUCCGACUCCGCGAAGACCUCCAAGCGCGGACGUCUGGCACUGGUCCUCCGCGACGGCGAAUACCGCACCAUCCGCCGCGAAGAGGCCGCCGAGACGGAGCUGAACCUGCUCCGCCCCGUCUUCCGCAACGGCAAGCUGCUAGUCAACCACAACUUCGAGGACAUCGUCGAGAGAAGUGAGCGUCCUGUUCCUCGCUGGUAUUACGAACCGGUCUGGGCCUCCAAGGAAAACGGCUCGCUUGCAGUGAAGAACUAG